GGUCGGACAUAGGGACCACGAAGUAGCGCGCAGCCAGUCACUUAAUAGCUGACACCCUACAUUCUUGAUCCCAGGAGGAGAUAAGAAUCAACGCCACCAACGCGGACAGUUCCAGGUUGGACUAAAAUGGAUUUUCAGUAUUUGAAAUCUAAACUUUUCUCCGUCAAAUCAACAAACUGACAUUUGCACAGUAUGUGAAAACCCGUUAGACUAAAGUCGUGUUUAAAUCAUCAAGACCCACCGGUUAACUGCCGUGAAUCGCAAUGGAGGCUACCCACGACGUUCAGAACAACUUAACUUGGACUGUGUGUUCCAAGUGGAAAGAACAUCCAGAAGGAUCCGUGUUUCAUCUUGCCAAUAUGUUAAUAUUUUUUGCUUUUAUGGGUGGAAGUGGUUUCUAUGGGAUGUUAUACAUGUUCACCUUUCUGUCGUUUGGAUUUUUCUGCUCCACAAUCUGGGCAUGGUCAGACAUCUGUACCACGGACACGUUCUCCUGGACUUUUGUUCUGUUUGUGGUGUCGGUAGCCCAGGUUGUGCACAUUUCCUACCGUCUCCGAAGUGUCACAUUUGAGAAGGAGUUCCAAGAGUUGUACAACUAUAUGUUCAAGAAGCUGUGUGUAUCGCUCACACACUAUGGCAAGAUUGUAUCUUGUUGCGAAGGAGACAUUCAUACCAUUGAAAAGGACCAUUACUUUGCCAUUGAGGGUAAAACUGCAAUUGAUAAGCUGUCCGUGUUGUUGUCUGGGAGGAUCCGGGUAACAGUAAACGGAGAGUUCUUGCACUACAUUUACCCCUUUCAGUUCCUUGAUUCACCCGAAUGGGACUCACUCAGACCGUCCGAGGAGGGUGUGUUUCAGGUGACGCUGCGAGCUGACAACACCUGCAAGUAUGUUUCGUGGAGGCGGAAGAAGCUCUAUCUCCUCUUUGCGAAGCACCGCUACAUAGCGAAGAUAUUCGCCCUGCUCGUGCGGAAUGAUAUCGCAGAGAAGCUCUACUCGCUGAACGACAAAGCUUUCGACAGCCAUGGGUUCCGAUACGAUCUCCGAUUACCGAGCUUCUGUCACGUGCCUAUGCCAGAAUUAGAAAAGACAGAUGCGCCGGCUCCAGUCCCCGAACACACCACAGAGAUCACGCCAAGUGAAACUGCACCCUGAACCUAUGCAGCGGGCAGUUAUGUUGCUGGUGCUGUUUUGAUGAAAAGAAACAAAUGCUUAACAUUGAACUGUCUUAAUGAGUUGAAUGCUGCUGUAAGGACUGGUCUUGUGUCACCAUAUUAUUUGCCAGCCAAAUCUUAUCAUUCAGCCUAAGGUGUGGUGUAAGUAAAAUUACUCAGAAAAGAGCAUCUGGGCAAGGUGCAGUCACUCUCUUGACAUGUGUAUCGGAUAUUGUUGAAAGACGUUGCCAGCCAUGCGCCAAAAACGGCUGGAUGUAUCAUAAAAUGUGCCAAAGACACUAACCAGCGCACACGCCGCUGACUUGUUCCAGUGACGACAGAUCACAAACAGUUGAAUCCACUCAUCCACCAAGUGCAGGUAGGCGAGAAGUGGCCAGGUAGGCCGUCUUUCGCCCAGAUGCUGUGAUGCAAAUGGGCGCGUCGCUGGCCGCGGUGCUGAUCCGUGUAGCGCGCACUGAGCCAUUCCGGCGCGUGCCACAAAAGCUCAACACGGCACGGACGGCAUCUCAGACUGUGAUCUGUGGAUGAUUCUAUCUCGAAUGAACACACCAUAUGGGGAUCAUAUAUGUAACUGAAUGAAUGUUUUUUAUUUUCUGUGCACAAUUACGUGAUCAAUAAUUACCACUUGUUUACGCAUCAACUGGCUUAGGCUGCUGUUGAAAAAGUUUUACUAGUCCAAGAUUCUCUGAACUUAUGAGCGUGUUGAAGUGAAAUUGCUUCAGGAAUGAACAAGUUGUAUUGCUGAAAUAAAGACAUACAAUAAAGA